AUGCGAGACAACGACUGGGUUCUCUGGAUCGAUAGUGACAUUAAAAAAAUCCCAAAAGAUCUCAUACAGCAGUUUCUGCAUGUCAGCACCGACGUGAUGGCCGUCGCCUGCCUGAUAGAGAGGCAUGGUCGCACGACCAAUUACGAUUUCAACACUCUUCGUUUUGGUGACGAAAAGUGUCGCAACCUCCCACUGCCAUUCUUGCGCGACGAGGGCCGGGUGGUUAAGGUUGAUAUUGUAGGGACAAGCGUCCUCAUGGUGCGCAGCGAGGUUCACCGGAAGAUCCGCUUUCCCGAGGUCACUGAACCAGGCGGCCGCCUUGAAAGUGAAGGGUUUGCGCUCAAUGCUAAGAAAGUUGGGUACGAAGUUGUGGGACUUCCGUUUGUAGAGGUCUACCACCAUUUCGGUCCCUGGUGA